AGGGAAGCUCAAAAAAGAUUCUGAUCACACCAAAUGACCAAGGUCAAAGUAGAUGAUCCUAAUUCUGGUCUUAAGGAGGGCAAAGAGAAUGGACAAUGAGCUAGAAACAGGCAAGACCAAUUGCUUUGGAGGCAUGGAUGAGGUCCUUGACAUGACCUCUGAUGAGAGCGAGGCUGAGCGUCCUACCAAGCCUCAGACAAACACCACCACAAGGAGACCAAAGAAAAGAGAGCCCUCACUGAGACCCCCAAAGAAGCAGAUGCCUUGUGGAUGGACUCGUCUGGAAUGCUUCAGAGUGGAGAAGGGAGUGCUAACAUUUGGCCAUAUGACAAGGCUGAGAAUGCUGGAAGAAAGACGAACGGAUUCUGACCUGCCAGUUGCAAAACAUGAUGGACAGAGGAUAAGGAGACUGUGAAGGCUGUGAAAGCACCGGUUUCAUAUUUGCAAUUGAUCGCAAGCUUUUUACGUUACACUGCCCAGGGGCCCGUUUCAUAAAGGACUUGCAACUGUUGUAACUUUGCCAUUAUGGCAACUACCAUGGAACCUUGAUUUCGAUUGGCUGCUGAGCCCUGUUACCAUGGUAGUUGUCAUUAUGGCAAAGUUACAACAGUUGUUAUUGUAAGUCCUUUAUGAAACAGGGCCCAGAUGUAUUAAGGAGCAAACACGACUUCCAGAAGUCAAAUUCAGGUUUUUGCCUCACCUCACCUGCGUAGCAGGAGGAGGACAUAUAUAUCACUUUCUCGACGACGGUAGUGACGGCAGCGUCGUCGACAACAUAUCUUAACCAUCGUUAACCAAGCUUUUAAAUUUCCUUCAUUACAGUGCCUAUUCCAUUAAACUUGGACACAAUAGUACUGAAGGGUCACUGAUCAUUAAGCAUCAGUUUUAGGUCACAUGAUCAAAGUUAAAUAUAGCUUUGACCUUGUACUAUCAGCAUAAAAAAAAUUGACCAAGGUUAAGAUAUCACUUUGAAGUUGAUUUCAAAAUUUCUGUAAAUGUAUGAGAGUAAUUUGAGGUCACUGGACGAUGUCAAACGUCAAUUUGGAGGUCAACAUACUAUAUCAAUUUGAUAACCAAAGAUUAGGAUUUUGAAUUUUUAAAGAUAAUUAUAAAAUUUGAAGUGUUUGCUUUGUCAAGCAAGGAUUAUAUGUAAAUAUAAUGUUAGGUUACUGGGUCAAGGUCUCAGGUUAUUUCAAAAAUUCAAUCCAAUUUAAUCAAAGUUGUAUGAGAUGAUUAUUUGAGAUCAGAAAUUUCAAAGGUGUAAUUUUUUUUUUCCAAGUCAAGGUCAAAGGUCAUUAGGACAAAAUAUUUGUCUAAUUUUUAAAUCAUAUUCCAUGAAGAUUGUAUAUGAGGAGUGUCAGGUAUCGGCCAUUACGUUUGUCAAAAAUUAGGUCAUUGGAUCAUUGUCAAAGGUCAUUUGAGUUAAAAAUCUUUGAUGAAAUUUAUAUUUUUCCAUGCUCAUAUCCAUUCAUUUUCUUAUUCCUUGAAGCUUGUAUUUUAAAAUUUCAUUGCAUUGCUACAUUAUGAAGGGUAAAUGAAAAAGAGAAAAUGUUAGAUACCGUAUAUCAGUGUCACAAAGUCAACACUGCUGCUAUAUUGCAUUGCAUAAUUAUAUUGCAUUGCAUAAUUGCAUCUACCACCAGUGGUGUUUCACUUGUCUAUUUAAAGGGGAAGUUCACCCUGAUGAAAAGUUGGUUUAAAUAAACAGCAACAUUAGAGACACUUUUUGAUAACGUUUUGGUUUGUGUCUGAUGACAUACCCACCGCAAAUAUAAAAUCACUAAUAAAAGUUUUGAGAAUAUGGCACUUUUCAAAAUUUAUACCACACAACCGAUGGAUUAGAUGCUUGUCUGUGACAUCACAAAAUUAAAACUUAUAAAUUUCUUGACUAUUUAACAGAUUUUCACCAAACAUUUACCCAUAUUUUUAUCUAAUUUUUUGCUUUGAUUUAAACCAACUCAUCAUUUGGGCGAACUUCCCCUUUAAUACACCAGAUUUAUGUCUUGUUAAUCAAAUUGAAUGAACCAAAUGUAAGUUUAACCCUAAGAGGACUGGGCUAUUUGAGAUAUAUUGAGGACUGGGUAUGAUGCCCCACCCCCUCCUUCUGAUUUCGGCUGCCAUCCAUGAUAUUGCGCCAAAAUUUGACAUGCACAUUCUUUUCAACAUAACCUACAGGCCAGUAUAAAAAUAAACCAUAAAGAUUUAUUUGUUUAAUUAUUAUGAAUUAAGCAGACCAAUUGAAUGAAAAAUUGUCAACCUUUUAUGAAAUUCAUCUCCCAAUAGACUUAAUACACAAAGUAUAAAAAUGAGCUAUUUUGGCAUGUGGUGUCAUGAUACCCAUAAGUCACAAAGUCAGUCUCAAAGUUGUGCAAGACUUU